CACAUGCUUCGACUUAGAAGUGGAGGUAUCCAGCGCCCCGUUCAGCUUCUUCACAAUCGACAGCGACAAAUGCCAGGCUGUUCAGGCUCAGAUCGCAUCCGACUUCGUCAGCCAGAUAGCAUUCAUGGGCCUUCCGCCCAUGGUAGUCAACUUUACAGUGGAUCCUACCCGCUGCCAGCCUACCAAAGUCAGCGUCUGCGGUUCGUUCGUUUCCGAGGAGGAAGCCAGGAAGCUGGAGCCCUGGGCCGCCCUCCAGAGCCCGUUAUGGUUGGACAGCCUGGUCGGCCAGUGCAAUGCAGUGAACUCUGGGCUCAGCUUCCUCUUGCGGAGUGAGACGGAUGACUGCCUGAAAGUGAUUACGGAAAAAACGGACUGCAAGGACACCGUGAAUGUCACCUUCCCGCCUUGCAAGUGCGAUAACCGGAAGUACGCUACGCCCUUCUACGUGGUUCCCACACCGGCGACACAAGAGCCAGGUCGCGACCCGUGGACCAACUUGUACUGCUUCAAGACGAAGGUCGCCCCCAAGGAAUCUGUUAUCGCGGGCCCAUGCAACAGCAGCUCGACUCUCCAUAAGGCAGAGAUUUGGGCCGAUAUGUCUCUUCGGCGCCAAGUCCGCGGCUUCCGGCUGACUCCUUCCGGCGGCACUCCCCGUUGGGCAUCCACAUCGUGGGGGCCUUCGGGGGCCAACCAGCUCAAAGCUAUUAGGAGAGAUUUGGAAUCCCAAGCUAGUAUCGUGCAAAAUCCGUGCCGAACGGUCAUGGUUUCAGCAGCGUGGAGCGUACAUCAGAAAGCUGAAAACCGCCGUGCAUUAGGCCCAUGCGUGGUAAACUGCUGGCGGGCGGUGCAGUCGGAAGUCGCCAACCCAACCAUGGCGCCUCCGCUUCUCCUCGUGGCUUCGGCUCUGGCACUUGCAUGGUAA